UGUAUAUUUAAUUGUAGACGUUACUGAUAGUUGAUUGGUUACGUCUGUUCACUUAUGCUGUCAGUUGCACAAUGGUGUUCUUAAUUCGCUCGUAAUCCGGAGAACAUUGCAAACUGACCAUUAAAAUGUUUCGAAAAGAACUUUCUCCCACCAGUAGGAGCUGUCACUUUCAAGCCAGUGAUAUAAUCGCUUCUGGUGAAAAGUUCGUAUGGGUUAGCAGAAAAUCUCUUCCAUGUAAAAUGGUUAAAACGGAUUUUAGUGUAUGGUCAUUUGUGAAACAAUCAAUUGGAAAGGAACUAUCUAAAAUCACUAUGCCAAUCAUUCUUAAUGAACCGUUAAGUUUUCUACAACGUGUUGCUGAAUACAUGGAAUAUUCCGAAUUACUAGAUAAAGCAGUUGGAGAGAAAGAUCCUAUUAAACGUAUGGAGCUUGUAUCAGCAUUCGCUGUAUCUAGUAUGUCAUCGAAUGCUGGUCGUAUUGGUAAACCAUUCAAUCCAUUGUUAGGUGAAACUUACGAAUUACACUACAGGAAUUUUGUAUUCGUUGCAGAACAAGUAUCUCAUCAUCCACCAAUCACAGCUUUUCAUGUUGAAUCAGAUAAUUAUAGUCUACGUGCUACUCUACAAUUUAAAUUACGUUUUUGGGGUAAAUCAAUCGACGUUCAACCGAAAGGAUUAAUUACAUUACAAUUAUAUCAUUUUAAUGAAUCUUAUACAUGGCAAAAUGUCAAUUUAACAAUACAUAAUAUAUUGACUGGUAAAAUUUGGGUAGAACAUACUGGUACAUUGCGUAUCACUAAUCAUUCGUUAGGAUUAUAUUGUCAGUUAGAAUUUCAUCCAUCUAAUUCGUUUGGACAUGGUUGUAAUCGUGUUAUCGGUGAAUUAUAUGCUCCAUCAACAUUAGAUAAAAUGCAGGCAGUUUCAGCUUCAAAUACAUCUCAUAAUACUACUGUUAAUACUACUAUUAAUAUUAUCAGUAAAAAUAUAUUUAAUCAUCAUAAUAAUUCAUAUGUAUUAAAGAGAAUAAUUUUUGGUAAUUGGUCUCGUGGUCUAUUCACAGUCGAACCGAAUGUUUGGAAUGAAAAGGAGGAAAUCAUUGAUAACCAGCCAAAGAAAAACAGUAAUAACAACGAUAAUGAUGAUGCUGAUGGACAAUCGACCAACAGCUCUGAAUGUAUUGAAUCAUGGAUUAUGGAUUCGAAAUACCACUAACUGGGCAACGUUGUCUAUGGAUUGCUACACCGAAACCAAUUAAUUCAAAGGACUAUUAUGAUUUCACACAGUACACAAUGGGUUUAAAUGAAUUAACAAUCUGUAAAUCGACAAUGAGUAAUGAUAAUAUAACUGAUAAUCAAAAAAAUUCAAGCGUGAUCAUAUCGAAUUGUACAAAUAACAUUAGGGAAGUAAUUCCAUGUCAAGGAAAAUUCAAUAUAUGAACAGUUUCUUCCACCGACAGAUUCCAGAUAUCGUCCAGAUAUACGUUUAUUUGAAAUGGGUCUUAUUGGUGAGUAUGAUUGUUAUUGAUUCCCACUUAUUAUUAUUGUGGAAUAUA